AUAAAUAAAUUUCAUUGUUUGUUAAUUUUUCAGCAGUUUUACGAUGUUCCGUAAUCAAUAUGACGGUGAUGUUACCAUCUGGAGUCCACAGGGUAGAUUAUAUCAGGUUGAGUACGCUAUGGAGGCUGUGAAACAAGGGUCAGCUACAGUCGGGCUUAAGAGUAAGACUCACGCUGUCCUAGUUGCGCUUAAGCGCGCCAGCUCAGAGCUCUCUGCGCAUCAGAAGAAAAUCCUUCCUCUGGACGACCAUGUUGGUAUUGCUAUUGCUGGUCUCACAGCUGAUGCAAGAUCAAUGUCUAAAUGGAUGCGGGCGGAGUGUUUGAAUAACCGGUAUUCUCACGACUCUGCACUUCCAGUCUCCAGGUUGAUAGGAGAUCUGGGGAACAAGAUGCAGCUGUGCACCCAGAGGUACGGGAAGCGCCCCUAUGGUGUAGGACUGUUGGUUGCUGGAUAUGAUGAUAAAGGACCUCACAUCUUCCAGACAUGUCCUUCUGCUAACUAUUAUGAUUGUCGAGCUAUGGCUAUAGGAGCCAGGUCCCAGGCUGCUAGAACCUACCUGGAGAGGUUUCUAGAUGAUCUCGGAGACUGUGAACUAGAGGAGCUGGUUAAACACGGUCUCAGGGCCCUCAGAGAUACAUUACCCAACGAGGUUGAUCUGACGAACAAGAACGUGAGUGUUGCAGUUGUUGGAAAGGAUCAGGUGUUUACUAUUUACGAUGACGCGCUUGUCGAUCCAUUCCUCGCCGGGAUAGAAGGAGAGGAGAGACGAGGACAUAGAGCUGCAGCCGCUGAUGAAGCUGAUGAACCUGCUGCUCCUGAAGGAGAGGAGGGAGAAGCUGCUCCUCAGGAGGGUAUGGAUACAGACUAGAGCAGAGCAGCAAAUUCAAACAGAAAAGCUCGCCGGAAUGAUCAAGAUUUUUAAACUAUCCUUUUUAAAUGUAAAAAUAAUCCUGUGAUUGGAAAUUUCAGAA